AUGGGUCUGAGAAUGGACAAUCUACAUGCGCCGACGGUGGCGUCGGGUCCCAGUAGCACGCAGGCAAAUAGCGCAGAAAGAGAGAAGUUGUCGCUGCCAGAGCUCAUUGCUGAGAAGGAUCGCGUCUGGAGCGAGUUGUCGGCACUGGGCUCGGUGCUAGACAGUGUGAGUCCUUACGUUCCGUUGUUUCCGCUGUGUCUUCGAGCUGACGAGUGUCUCGGCAGNCAUGGAGUCAACAUGAGUACAUCACUGCUCACCUUCGAUGGCUACCCUCGUCCCGACCUCGACAUCGCCCAGAUCCGCACAACACGCGCCCGCAUCAUCCCGUUGAAGAACGACUACAAAGACUUGAUGACUCGCAUCGAGAAGGCCAUGCAUGCACACUGGGAGAACGCAGCAGUAGCCCCUCCACCAGUAGCAGCAGCACAACCUCCAACCCAGACUGCCGAAGCAGCACGAAGCUCGCGCGUCGCACUUGAAGCACCCUUUGCCAAAGUCAACAGCGUUGUCGCAUCAUCACCAGCAGCCACAGCAGGUCUCAAGCCCGGCGACAAAAUUACAAGAUUCGGCGAUGUGGAUUGGAUGAACCACGACAAGUUGAGCAAGGUUGCGCAGACGGUGCAGCAGAGCGAGGGCGUCGCUAUCACAGUCAAAGUCAUCAGACCUGCUGCGGCGGGUGCUGGCGAGCAGAGGUUGGAGAUGCAGCUCACGCCACGACACAACUGGGGAGGCAGGGGUAUGCUGGGCUGCCACCUGUUGCCUCUGUGA